ACUCCUAAAAUACCUACUUUACCCCAAUUACAGAGUACUCCCUAUUUUCCUAAUAAGCGGCCACCAUUAGAAAAAAUCACAGAUUUUAGGAGCUUACCCCAUAUUUUAGAACCCUAACUCAGGAAAUUGAAUUCGAAAUAAUUAUGUCUGGGCUUUCCUGCAAUGCUUGCAACAAAGAAUUCGACGAUGAUGUAGAACAAAAGCUUCAUUAUAAAUCUGAAUGGCACCGUUACAACCUCAAACGCAAGAUUGCUGGGGUUCCUGGGGUAACAGAAGCACUAUUUUUGGCAAGGCUAUCUGCACUUGCUGAGGAAAAGAGCAAGUUAAAUGAGGCCCCCAUGCUCUACAGUUGUAGAAUUUGUGGCAAGGGUUACAGAAGCUCUAAGGCUCAUGCUCAGCAUCUCAAAUCAAAGAGUCACAUCAUGCGAGCUUUUUCUGGAGAUAAUAAUCAAAAUGAAAACACUGCCAUAGUUAGGCCACUGACACGUCGUACCCCAGUUCAACCUCCUCCUAGAAAAGAUGUGAACAUGGAGGAGAGUGAUGAAAGUGAGUGGGAGGAGGUAGAUUCUGAGGAUGAUAUCAUUGAUGAGGCUACAAAUUCUCUUACAUCUAUGAAUAUGAAUGGGGAUUCUGCUGCUGUGGUUGAUUCUGACAGUGAUGAAGAAGAUGAGUUUGAAGACCUGGACCCAACUUGUUGCUUUAUGUGUGACUUAAAGCACCAAACAAUAGAAAAAUGUAUGGUUCAUAUGCACAAAAAGCACGGUUUCUUCAUUCCAGAUAUCGAGUAUUUGAAAGAUCCAAAGGGGUUCCUCGCAUAUCUUGGGAUCAAGGUGAAAAGGGAUUUCUUGUGCCUGUACUGCAACGAGAGAUGUCAACCAUUUAGCAGCUUGGAGGCAGUUCGGAAGCACAUGGAAGCAAAAAGUCACUGCAAAGUUCGUUUUGGUGAUGGAGGAGAUGAAGAGGAGGUGGAAUUAGAAGAAUUUUAUGAUUAUAGUACCAGCUUCAUGGAUGUAGAUGGAAAACAGCUUGUUGCAGUUGAUGAUGGAGCUAAUUCAGUUGAACUUGGAAGUGGCGGGGCUGAGCUCAUCAUCAAAAGCAGGACUGAUAAAGGUGCAUCUGCGAAGACACUUGGAUCACGAGAAUUCUUGCGCUACUACAAGCAAAACCCACGCCCUGCUCCUGCGAAUGAUAUGGCUAUUUCUUUGGCGCUAGCUGCAAGGUAUAAGAGCAUGGGUCUAGCAACUGUGCAAUCAAAGGAUCGAAUGAUAAGGAUGAAGGUGUUGAAGGAGAUUAACAGAUCUGGAGUAGAACACAUGCGGAGUAAGAUGGGUAUGAAGAGCAACGUUAUUCGGAAUCUUCCCAAUAAUGUUCCAUAUUAAGCUUUUUUGUUUGCUUUGGCCUACUUUUGUAAGGUUAUAUUUAAAAAUGCUCAAUAUUUAUACACCCUGAAAAUGGUAUAUGUAUUUUCCUGACUUCUGAAAAUGGUAGUGUACUACUAAUUAGUGACUAUAAUUGAGGAAUUUUUAUAUGUUUGCCUUUGGUCAAUCAUAUGCUGUAUGUUUUGUUAUUUGCCGGAAUUUCAACAAAUUACUUUGCAGUUUA